AAAUGAAGCGCUCCAAAGACGUAUGAUUCAGUCGCUUACCUCAAGCUGUCAAGAUAAGGUAUAGAAUACUUCCGAGUGAAAAAUAAUAAGGUCAGACAAAAACGAAUCGACCAACCCCAAAUAAAAAGAAUGAGUUGUUAUACUUUGGUGGUUACCGUUACAAUCUUGGUAAUUGCAUUUUCGCCGCCCAAUCAAUUUUCGGCUCUUUCUGCGAAUACUUUUAAAAACCAACACCGCGCAUCCGCCGAACGAAUGGAGCCAACCGUACGGACAAUUGAAUUACAGGCCCAUCUCAAAGAAUUGCGGGAAAAGAGGGAAAUGGAUGAUGACGGGAUCGACUUGAGCACAGAGGUUACGUACGUACGACCUCGGAGGCAAGCUCUGAAGCAGACUCCGAUGAUAAGUCUCUCGUCUGUUAAAAAAGAUAGCUGUGGUAUAGAUCUUGACGUGUACCAACAACUAGAAGACAAAAAGAAAAUUGUGAAAACAACAAGAACAGAGCGCAAAAGGAUUGAACAAUUACUUCUAAAUGUAAAGGUCACGAAGGAAAGAAGGGAAGAAAAUGACUUAAUACUACAAAAACAGGAAAGCGAUACAACAAAGCAAAUUGAAAUUCUUAUGCAAGAGAUCAAUAAGAUCACUGAUGAAGGGGACGCUCAACUCCAAUCUGAGAAGGAUAAGACGAAUAACGCAGUCUCAGUCCUGCAAACUCAAAUCGAUAAUGAAUUGAAAACGACUAAAAAUACGGAAGAUUUGUCUGAAUUGAGAGCUCAAGUCGUUAGGACGACCAGCGAUGUCAAUGAACAACAAAAAAUGAAUGACGAGAUGAAGUCACAAAAAGAUUUUGAAGAAUCCCGAAAACAGAUUGUCGUACAACAAUAUGAUACCUGCAUAAAAAUGUUAGCAGAUUUGAAAGAUAUGCAGAACAAUUUUGACGGAAACCAGGUUAUACAGAUUAAAAGAAACGAUAUUCGUCAAAAUGAUGAAUUGCUUGGUAGUAAAAGGGACUGUUGUAAGCAGAAAGGAUGUGACGUAUAUGCCCUCGAAUUACGUGUGUAAUAAGAACUUGAAAUAAGAAUCGGUUCUGUUUAAUGAUGCCAGCACGUCCCCCCCCCCUCAAAAAAACAAA